UUGGCGGUUCGUUUUGCUCUUCACAUUUGAAAGUUUUUGAUCAAUUCCAGCGCGGAAAAUGGACGUUAAAUCAUUUCGGAUAAUCGGUUUGGUGUAUGUCGUGUUUUGCUGGAUGUUUUCCGCUCUUGGAGCCGUAUACUCAUUCCUUCACCUAGUCGUUGGAAAACCUUUCUGGGCCAAUAUCUUGUCCUACGAUGACGCUAUCAACACUGCGAUUGUCGCCUGCUUAUUCGUAUUCACACUGUCCUCGUUUUUUGUCGCAUUCGUGAAAGAAGGAAUCGAUGAGGGAAAGGCUUCCUUUAUCCGAAUAUACCGGGUUUUCGUGAUACUUCGAAACCUCGCACUGUCCGCUUUGUGGACCUACCAGUACGCUAUGCUGGAGGAAGCACGAAUUCAUGGAGACGCCUCGUCGAAAGUGAGGAAUGGUGACUAUAUCACCCUCGGGCUGUUUGUUGGAGCCAUAGUCAUCACCGGUUUGGAGCUGUGGAUUCUUAACGGUAUUCAGUGGUUAACGGAGCAGAAACUCGUCGAAGAGGAGUGCACUGAGGCGGCGUAGAAUCGUGUUUGCUAAUAGGGAAUUCUGUUAUCUAGUUACCCAGGGUUCCUUCGACUCAGUUCGCUGUAAAAAAAAAGGAUUUUCGGUAUGAUGAAAUCACUGAUUGUGAUCUUCUGAAAUUGAAAUUGACAGGUUUUAUAUGAGAAACACAUAUUAUAAAACCGCUUCUUAAAAUUUAAAAGUACAAAAUAUCAUCUUGGAAUCUUUUGAUUUAAUAAUUGAGUAAAAGUCUCCAUCAUCAAAUUCCACGGGUGUCCCCCGAAAGUGGCGAAAGUUUUACGGUAUGUAGAGUUUCGAAAAAUCGUCGAUUUCUCUUCAAACCUUGCUUGUAGUGGUGAGAAAAAUACUUAAUUUUAUUCUUUUUUAGUAAUAGUGACAUUAUACAGAAAUAAUGUUUCGGACAAAUAGCACCAUUAUUGAUAUUUUUAAUAGUGGAUUUCACCAUACAUUCUAAAGUCGACUUUCCACAAGCCCAUACGUUCAUAGGCGGCUCGCCCUCUGGUGGUGAGUACUGUCAGAAGCAGCAUGAAGCACCUAAUUCCGAAACAUAUAUUUUUCUAGCGGAGUGAGUGGAAGCAACCCUGUAGUUGAUUAUCUUUAACUUAAACGCUCACCAGACUAAGCAGCUACAACAUGUUAUAAGCCUAUAUUGAUGACUCUGUAGUAUGAACGUGGUAUUAGAUAUCAUAUCUUGAUGGACCCUACUGCGAUCCCAUACACUUAUUUUAAAAUGUACCGGUGUAAAAUGUAAAUGGUACCGCUGUACCAUCGGGUUCCAUCAAUAUCGUGUUGGAUGUAGAUUGUAAUUAUUUUCCAAAAGAUGGUUCCAAAAUUGAUGAACGAUGGUUUAAUUCAUCACAUAGUAAUCGUACUAUUGAACGCAAUAGAUCGUAUUUGAGUUAACAUUUUUUUUUUAAAUAUUCAUAGUAAUCCUAUGAUAAUGAGCAUGCCAUGCUCGGGGUAAUAACUUUUUUUUUCUAUAAAUAAUUUAUUUAAUAAGGUUAAAAAGUCCAA